GCGGCCCGGGCGGCGGCCUGACGUAUCGCGAGGGGAGAAGCGGCUCUCCCCCGCUCCGACGCGAGGCGGCCGGCCGCCCGCAGCCCCGGAAGCGGUUCCUCGCCGCCCGCCGCCUUCCUGUUCCCGGCAGGGCCCGCUGCGCGCGUCUCCCCUCGGCCCCACGGCCCGCGCCGGCCCUGCCCCAGCCCAGGGCACCCGCGCGGCCCGGGCGGCAGCUGGGCGCCCGCGCCUCUCGGACGGCCGCGGGACUCCGGUCUCUGGAGAGUCAGCCCGUGGGCUCCUGAUAAGCGUCCUAAAGCAGUCUUUCUAGAAGCAGUGUGAGGAAGACAGAAACCGCCCCCCCUCCCUGGACUGGCCAAGCCACCUGCCCAGCACUGCUGCCAUCAUGCCCAAGAGGAAGGCAAAAGGAGAUGCUAAAGGUGACAAAGGGAAGGUGAAGGAUGAGCCACAGAGGAGAUCGGCACGCUUGUCUGCUAAACCGGCUCCUCCAAAACCAGAACCCCGGCCUAAAAAGGCCCCUGCGAAGAAAGGAGAGAAGCUGCCCAAAGGGAGAAAGGGGAAAGCGGAUGGUGGCAAGGAGGGGAACAACGCUACAAAGAACCUAGAUGCUUCCACAGUCCAGUCACAGAAAGCAGAAGGCAGUGGGGAUGCCAAGUGAAGUGUACUUUUUUUGAUAGCUCUGUACUUCUAGUGACUCUACUGUUCGAAAUACUAUUUUUCUUUAAUCAAGUUUUAUAACAAUAUAGAAUUUGGGUUUUUUUUUUUUUUUCCAAACUUACGUUGUUAGCAUACAAGACACAUUGUUGUUGUGUUUUGUGGUAAGUGCAAAUACCACUAAUAGAAUGUCUCAGAAGCUGGAUUGAAAUGGGGAAGAUGGGAUCUUCGGUCCUUGUUUUUGAAGAUUAUUCUUGGCUCCCAGGAGAGAUUCUCUGACAUUCACACAUGUCAGCCACUUUGGCUUAGAAGCCUUACAGCAUAGAGGAGCAAAACUUCAUGUCUUCUUUCCUGAUGCCGUCAGCAUAUGCUUGACUUACUGAAAUAGUUGUGAUGUGGCCUUGGCCCCCCUAAAAUCCUGUGUCGGGUAACAAUACUCAGGCUUUCUGGUGAUAACAUCAAGACGGUGUUGCUCUAAAGAAGCCGAGAUUCCUGUUUGUAGGUGGUGGGUCGUCCCACUGAUGGUCUUAAGAGUUUUUAGUUCCUUUCUUCCAUGUCCGAGUUGACCUGUGAAAAGAUCUUACAUGCCUCUUGUGAAAUAUCCACCCCUUCUGAGAACUCCGCCUUUUCAAAACAGCAACAGAAGACUGUUGACUUUUGGGGAAGGGGAGUUUGAAAGUUGUAAAACGUUAUGGAUUGUCAACUAUGUCCUCCUGGAAGUAACUGGUUUCGAAAAGUCUCUGAUAAAGCUGAAUACAAAUUAGCUUGGUGGUAGGGGGAUCAUUUCCUACCCAAAGUCAUAGAGAUAUUCUUUACUGCAUUGUAAACAUCUUAUAGUCUUGCUUUUCACAUUUGUCUUUAGUCUGCUCUGAACUGAUUUUUGUGAAAAGUAGGAGAUAGAAGUUCAGUAUGAUAUUUUUUCCAUAUGGGUAAGUGGUGGUUGUCCCAGCACCAUUCUCUGAAUACUUAAUUCUUUCCCACUGAUCUAUAACACCAGCUCUUUCAUAAAUAAAGUCUCUCUGUGUGGGUGGGUCUGUUGAUGAUUUCUAUUCUGACUCACUGGUCACUUUGUCUAACCUUAUGGCAGUGCUAUACAAUCCUGAGUACUACAACUUUAGAAAACAGUCUUGAUAUCUCAGGACAAAUCCCACCUCCAAAAAAAUUACCACCGAAUUUUUCUUCCUCGGGAGUGUCUUGGCUAUUCUUAGCCAUUUGCUCUUCUGUACAACUUUUGAAUUAGAUUGACAAGUUCUAAAACAAAACAAAAAUGUUGGAAUUUUUAUUGGAUUUGUAUUGAAUUUAUAGACUAAAUACAAUGUUGAGUCUUCCAAUCCAUGAACAUGAUAUACUUCUCCAUUUAUUUAGCCUUUUUAAAUGUCUUUCA